GAGAAGGAAACAAACUCGACGCUAGAGGCGCUGCUGUUCUCAGGGCCGCUGCUUUGCUUUCUGCUAUUCCGUGGCUGGCUGGCUGCCGUCCGCGGUAAAAAAUGUACUCGGGAAAAGCGAUCGUUUUGAGAAACUUGCGACAAAUCCCGCCUAAUACCGCCAAAGUUAUUCGCUUGCAAAAGCAGUUUAUCGAAGCUGUUCAGCGAUAUCAGGAAUUAAAUGAAAGACCGGAUAAAGAUGAAGCGAUUCUUCAAAAAUUACUGGAAGAAAUAGCUUUUCUAGACAAGUCACAGCGUGAAGAGCUCAAUCUCGUGAGAGAAGCCGAGUCGCACCACGUCCCUCAAGAAAUUCAGAAUGAUUUAUUGUGUUCUGAUAAAUUGAGCGAUCGUGAAUUAUCUGCUCAAACCCAGGAAUGUAGCGAAACUGAAGACGAAUUCCCUCCAUCCACUCAGGAAUUAGAAGGGGUUGGUGAAGACAUUUCACCAAGCUCUAACUCUUCGAAAAUUGAAAAUUUCAAAGAGCCAAACACACUGGCCGUUCUUGAGGAAAUUGAGGAAGAGCAAGAUAAGUUAAAUGAUGAACAACCAAUGGAUUGGGAAGAUUUAACUAGAGAGCAAUGGUCAGAGUCUGACAGGCUACUUCAAAAAGUAGAAAGAGUAGGUGCAAAAGUGCUUCAACGGGAUUUUAUGUCUACUGUUGAAUUGGUUCAUGUUAGCCAAUACAAGAAAGCCGAAGAAGCCUUGAUCCAGAGAAAAGCAAAGGCAGUUCAGGGUAAAAAGGUGAUCACAACUGGUCCUUGGCAAAUUAUCGAUAUACCAACAAAGGUAUCUAACAGAAGAUGCAACUACUUAACUGGCCUCCAUGUUACUAUUAGACAAAAAGAUCCUAAACGGUCGGCUAUGACGUCGUAUUCAAUGGAAUCCAGCGGGGUUAAAACUCGCCAUCAUGAUUCGCGUGGAUCUUCUCGUGCUUCGUCGAGAGCAUCCUCUCCCGUUUUUUCGCAAACGGAAAGCUACAACGGCAAAGAUAACUACAAUUCCGGCUCAAAUACGAAGCAUUUAAGAAGUACGAAAACGCGUGCCAAAUCUAAGAAAGCAUCACCCACCGUACCUAGCAAGACUAACAACAAUAAUUAUAAUCAACAAAACAAAUCGAGCCCGUCAAGUAAAACUACAACUUUCAACUCGAACCCGUCGAACAAACCAGAGCCUGUAGAUUCAAAUGGCAAAAAUGGCAGUCGAGCACUAGAACCCUGCGUUACCUACACGGUAGUAGACGGUGUGCCUCAUUUCAAAGUAUUCUUUCCUUCGUCCAAAGACUCCAUCACUAGCCCAGCAGCUGGAGGUUUCCCCAAGACGCCAAUUAACGGGUCGCCGUCCUUUUCUUCGACUCGAGCUUCCAUCGUGGAGAGUGAUAUUGAAAUUAUGCAGACUAAUACUUGUCUGGAGAACGGGAGCAGCGCUCAUAUUACGCUGGAGCGAAAAAUUAAACCUUCGUCAAAACCUAUCAAAAGACCUCGUCUAUCUCAUCAAGGUUUUAGUCCGUCUACGACUCCCAUUAAAGCAGGACCGUCUAACUUGGAAACUGUACCCAAUUCAACAGCCAUAAAGGCGGAAGAUUCUGGCAACAAAGAAGAAUUGGGACGUUGCAUUGAGAAAUGUGGCAGCUGGAUGGGAGCUCCUCAUUUUAAAUUCUACCGGACGUUUCCGUCUGUCAACGCAACUGUCGCAUCGUCGAAUUGGUCAGGAUCUGCCAAUUCGACGGUGACGACAGCAGUACCUCCAAAGCCGGUUGUCAUUGCGCCUGCACCCAAGCUCUCGUCUCCUAUAACGACUCCCAAGCUGGUCAUCGCAUCCAGCAACGCCACUUCCUCAACCACUACAACGGUGUUGCCUGCUAUGCCGAAGUUAACGAUGGGAAACCAAGGAUUGAAAAGCUUCGUUUCACCGUCAGGGGCUCCGUUGAAUGCACAAAGUGGUAAAUUUGUGCCUAUUGCUCCUAAAGUUGCGAGCCUGGCCGGCGGAGUAUCCAACUAUGUCAUCGUUCCGUUCGCCGACAAGAAUAACGGCAAUCAGUCAACUGCCAUUAAGAGACCCAUAUCGCUUUUGAAGACUUGUCCACCUCUGUCCAGCUCGCAGAAUCCUUCCACGGCUGGCACCUUUCUCACUGUCAAGAACUUGAAGGAAUGUUUCCAGAAUAAUAAGCAGUAUAAAGACAUGAAAGUUGUCGUUCAGAAAGUUCCUGUCACUGUGCAAGCGCCAACAACGGGUACAGCAUCUGGCGGAAACCAGUCACCUGGGCAGAGAGUUCCUUUGGCCUCCGAUAAGGACGAUCUGAAGAAGAAGGUGGUCAAACUCUUUCCAUCCACAGAUAAGGAGAAGGCCAACGGUGAUGAUUCUCAUCACCUGACGUCGCCAACUGUUAUCGUGGCUGAUAUGUCAAUGUAGGAUUAAUUCAAAUUGUAAUUUUUGCCCCUAAAGAUGGGAAUUGCUCUUCCCCUCUCUUCGUUUAAUCUUGUUUUUCCAAUCGGCAUUUUGUGCCCUUUCGUUUUUCUUUCUUUCUUUUUUCUUUCGAAGACUUCAAACUUGAUUGCUCUUGUUAUCUACUAUUUUUGAACUUCUUACACAGUAACCUAGUUGCCCUGAUUUUUCUUCUACCCCUCGAAAUUCAAUAAGACGUUACGGAACCGUUUUUGAUGAUCAGUGAAGGUGAAAUUCCACGUUCAAAUGAUAUUGUGUAUGAAUGCUUGUCAUGGAUGUGUAUAUGAUUUAGUGUAUCACAUAUUGGUUGUAUCAGCGAAAGAAACAAAACUUGUUUUUCCUUUUCUUUCCUUUUUUUUACUUCCUCCUUUCCUUUCGCUCGCCUCUUUCAUCUGUACGGUUAUGAAGAAGAAAUGAGGUGCCGAAUUCCGAAGAGAAAAACACGAGGAGGACAUGUAGUCAGCACGGACGAUGAAAACAAAUAUGGCGCACCCCUGUCGUAGUGUAUAGUUACAAAUAUACCUAUUGUCUUAUGUGAA